AUGCCCUCCUCCCCACCCUCACUUAUACCCCUCCCCCUCCUCCUCCUCUACCUAACAUUACCAACAGCAGCAACAACAACAACAUGCUACGACCCCACCGGCACAAAACUCCACGCCGGCUACCAACCCUGCCCCCCCUCCUCCGGCAGCCCCAACUCAUGCUGCAACAUCGGCAACGGCGACCUCUGCACCGACUCCGGCCUCUGUCUCCGACAAGAUACCCUCGCCAAUGGAUUCUGGUAUCAGGAUGGAUGUACGGAUCGGGAUUGGAGGGGGUGUAGGAGGAUUUGUUCCGGUAAAAUAGUUCUCUGUCCUUGAUGGUGGGACUAGUAAGCUAAUAUAUGUGGAGAUUCCCUCCCUGUACCUUGGGAAUUAGUCUAUUGUUCGGAUAGUGAGGCGCCGGGGACGUGGUGUUGUCGGACGGCGGGUAG